UUGGUUCCGCCUCCGUUGUCAGUACCGCGAGAUUUCGCGGAAGCCUCCCUCUUUCUUCUGGGCCGCCGACAUGCCAUCCAGACUGAGAAAGACCCGGAAACUUCGGGGCCACGUGAGCCAUGGCCACGGCCGCAUUGGCAAGCACCGGAAGCACCCAGGAGGCCGGGGUAAUGCUGGUGGCAUGCAUCACCACAGGAUCAACUUUGACAAAUAUCAUCCAGGUUACUUUGGAAAAGUUGGUAUGAGGCAUUACCACUUAAAAAGGAACCAGAGCUUCUGCCCAACUGUUAACCUUGAUAAACUGUGGACUUUGGUCAGUGAGCAGACACGGGUAAAUGCUGCCAAAAACAAGACCGGAGCUGCUCCUAUCAUUGAUGUGGUGCGAUCGGGCUACUACAAAGUAUUGGGAAAGGGAAAGCUCCCCAAACAGCCUGUCAUCGUGAAGGCCAAAUUCUUCAGUAGAAGAGCUGAGGAGAAGAUUAAGGGUGUGGGGGGAGCCUGUGUCCUGGUAGCCUGAAGCCACAUGGAGAGAGGUUCAUUAAAUACUAACAACUGCUUUUC